ACCAGCUGAUUUCGUGUAGUUGUUGAUCGCGUUUGUUGUCGUUACUUAAUUGAUAAACUUUUUGGGUUGGGGGGCGACUCUCCAGAUAACCUUCACUCUCUAAAUUAAUAAACAUUGACGCAAUGGUUCGUUUAUCGGCUCGUUUUCUAAUGGCUGUCCGUAAUCAAGACACGGCCAACUUUAUCCGCGAUGGCAAGAAGAUCGUGGGAGUGGCCCUCAACUACAUGGACGUUGUGAAAGCCAGAAAUGUGCCUGUGCCAAAGGAGCCGCUGGUUUUCCUCAAGCCCACAUCAUCUUAUCUACGCGAGGGUCAUCCGAUAAUCCUACCAAAAGUGUUCUCCAAAGUGGCCUAUGAGGUUGAGCUGGGCGUGGUGAUUGGAACACGGUGCAAGAAUGUCUCCAAGCAGGAUGCCAUGAAGUAUGUUUCGGGCUAUUGCCUGGCUCUGGAUCUAACCGCCCAGUGCAAUCUGACUGCCGCUCGCGCUGCUGGCCAUCCGUGGACCUUGGGCAAAGGAUUCGAUACCUCAACACCCGUUUCGAAGUUCAUACCUUUCGAUGACGUGGACGAUCCACACGCGCUGCCACUGUGGCUCAAGGUUAAUGGCGAAGUGAAGCAAAAGGGUUGCACCGCGGAUUUGAUCUUUAAAGUGCCCGACAUCAUUGCGUACGUGUCCAAGUAUAUGACCCUGGAGCCCAACGAUCUGAUACUGACGGGCACGCCCAAUGGCUCGGACGCAUUCAAGGCUGGCGAUGAGAUUGAAUGCGGCAUGGCUGAGUUUGCCACGCUCAAGUUCCAAGUGUGUGGCGAAUAAACGGCAAAGCAAACGGACUGACAACAUGGACACAUAUUUUUGUAUGCUCUGUAAAUGCUUUAUAGUAUGAUUUGGUUAUGCAUAAUUUAUUCUUCAAUAUUACUUCCUGCCACUCUUGACAUCAUCGCAGGCAAUCAAA